AACUAAACAGUUUGUGUCUUCUGUUGCAGUGUUCCCACCGUCCCAGUGAAGAACCUCAAUGGAUCCAGUCCUGUUCACCCUGCACUGGCUGGGAUCACAGGAAUCCUGAUGAGUGCCGCCGCUCUGCCCGUGUGUCUAACUAGGCCUCCUAAACUCGUGCUGCACCCUCCGCCUGUUAGCAAAAGUGACAUCAAACCAGUGCCAGGAUUUGGCCACUGUUGCAGGAAGACCACUAAGAAACAAGUUCGCAAGGGUAAAACUCCAGAGGAGGUGGUAAAGAAAUACCUACAGAAAGUUAAAAGUCCACCAGAGGAGGACUGUACCAUCUGUAUGGAGCCAUUGGGGGGUCCAUCUGGAUACAAAGGUCCAGGGGUAGGGCCUGUUUCUAGGGCAGAGUCAGUUGGGCGACUAGCACAGUGUGGACACCAGUACCAUUUCCAGUGUCUGGUGGCCAUGUAUAACAAUGGCAACAAGGACGGCAGUCUUCAGUGUCCCACUUGUAAAACCAUCUACGGCGUAAAGACAGGCAACCAACCGGCAGGGAAGAUGGAAUACCACGUCAUCCCUCAUUCUCUACCAGGGCACCCUGACUGCAAAACCAUACGCAUCAUCUACAACAUACCACCAGGCAUUCAGGGACUAGAGCAUCCAAACCCAGGGAAGCCCUUCACUGCCAGAGGCUUUCCCCGACACUGCUACCUCCCAGACAGCGACAAAGGACGCAAGGUGCUGAGACUGCUCCUAGUAGCGUGGGACCGCAGGUUGAUCUUUUCAGUUGGUACUUCGAGCACUACGGGAGAAUCUGACACUGUCAUCUGGAAUGAGGUCCACCAUAAGACAGAGUUUGGCUCCAACCUGACGGGCCACGGCUUCCCCGACCCUGGACACCUCGACAACGUUCUGGAAGAGCUUCGAGCUCAGGGCAUCACAGAGGAUGAUGGACUGAUGGAAAAGUGAAAGGAUCAAAGACCAGCAGAGAAAGAGGAGACAUCAGCGAGAGCAGUGGAGAGUGGAAGGGUGAAUAAGAAGUAAAGGAAGAGAAGUGGACCUAACCAUGAAAAUAACAGAAGUAGAAGGAGGAACAUAGGAGGUCCUGGACUGAAAGGGACUCUCUCUGCCAGCACUUAUAAGGGGUGCAAGGGGACUUUUCGGGAUAUAGAAGAUACUGAUUUUGUUUUGCAGAGGUAACCACUUUUCAAGAUACUGAUUCAAUCACUGCUGGGUUCGCCUGUUAAUGCAAGUUUGUCCAGACAUCACCGUUUUCAAGCAAGCACAUCAACAAAAGUGGGGCUUUGAGGAAGCAGCACUACAGAAAGAAAAGCAAUGCAAAAGAAGAGGAGGAUAAGAAAGUAGGAGGAGAAAUGAUGGCACUCGUGGUUUCAGCUACUAAACAGCUAGGUACUAAAUGUCGAAAAGUGAGAAUGAAUGGGUACUAAUAUUUAGGACAAAAACAAGUUUACUUUACUGAGAGUAAGGGUAACAUAAAAAGAUGGUAAAAUGUUAGAGCAGCUCAAUAAAAACUGGGAGUGGAAGGACAAAGAGGAAGACGUUGGAGCAGUGGGAGAGGUUACUGGAGGGAGGAGAACAGGAAUAAUAUAGCAGAAAGAGAGAGAUGGUGAAUGAACGUAGCAUAGGAUAGGAGUAGAGUAAAAUUAACUUGUACGGUACUGUUCAGGUACUUAUGCUAUCAGUGAAAACACAACGAACAAAGAGUGAUGGAAGGACAGAAAAACUGCUUGCUUUGUUCAAACCAGCUGCCUGUGUGUGGUUGAAGAUUAGUGCUGUUGCUCCCUCUUGUGGUUUCUUUGAUGAACUACACCUCAGACUGCAAGCUACUGGAACAAAUCAAAAUGUUACCUUUGAGUUAUCCUCCUGUGUUACUUUUUGUCAUUACUAUAAUCCUCAUUUAAUGUCAUUCCAUACUUUACCUCUUACUUUUGACUUGAUAGGUGUAUAUGACCUAGGCUCUGUAUGUUGAAUGACAAAAGACCAAACCCAGGCCUUGUCAUUUGGGCCUCUUUGGAGUCUUACUAUUUACCCACUGUGGUAUAAGUUAACCUUAGAUACACAGGUACCAGUAUUUACAUAUAUAUCUUUAUUUUAUUUUAUACCCUUUAAUGGUUCCCAUGGUUUCAAUGGAUGUAGAUGCUGUUGUAUCCUAUCAGCAAUGCAACACUAGUGAGAAAAAGUGAGAAUGUGAUUAAAAAUCUGAUGAAGAUGUGCAUAUUGAGGGAUUAGCUAGAAUUAAGUAUUGAGGAUUUACGUUAAGGCCUCAGUGUUAUGUUGUAGUUGAACAAGCUUCACCGCCUGUGCUAAAACCCAAGACCAAUGAACCAAGCAGCUGGGACUAGUCUUACAGAGAGAAAGCCCCUCAGACUGAACAGAGCGUUGAAAGGCUGGGGAGUGUGGAGAGGACAAGAGAGGUAGAGCUGAAGGUCAGAGGUCAUGUCCUGGUCUGCACAAACACAGUGCUACUAAAGAGAAAAACACCCUCAAAUUUCAAAUCAAACUUGAUCCUGUGUGGUAGAGUGUCAAAACUUGUUAGUGGAUAUUAAUAAAUGAUUUGGGCAGAAAUUCCAGGACACUGGAAUUGCAACACCAUUUACUAUUAAAUUGUCACCCUCAAAAAUUAAGGCCUACCAGUAGACAAGGACUUUAGCGCAAGUGAAACUGAAGCAAAAUCUGUGAUUAAACAGACAGUUUUGAAGGUCCCAUAUUUGCCUACACAUGCUUUUAUAUCCCCCUCUCUAUGUGUAAUCAAGACAUUUAAUGGAGACUCAGAAUUCUCUUUCAGAUACUUGAGGACUUGAAAUUUAUCACCUUAAGAGUCAAUAGAGGCCCUGUUCAUACCCGCAGCUUGGAUAAUCUGAUCACAAGUGCACAGCUCAAGGUACAGGUAUAAAUGCACCCAAGACACAUUGAGAACACAUUGACACUCAAUGAGAUCUGAUCUGAGAUCUUCCUACUUAACUGAUGUAGUCUGCAUCAGUGGUACUCAUUCAUCUGGUCCUCACAUCAUGUAAGCUGGCUUUGACCACAACAUCUGAAAAUUUCAAAAAGCGAGCAUCAAUAUAUUUGACGACUGUGUCAAACAUCUUGGCCAAUUUGGUUUGCCUGUAACACGACAGUGAAGAACAUUGCUGUCUCUUGCUGGUUAAAAACAACUGUGUUCUAUUGAACACAUGAAAGAAAACUAAACCAAAAACAAGAAGAACAUCACAUUUGGUCCUUACAAAUGUGAAUGAUGUAUGUGUUCGUUUAAAUAGAGAGUACUUAGAGCUGUCUACUAGUGAUCUGAUUACCCAAGAUGCAUAGAGCUAGACACUUGGCUAGAGUUGCCGAGUGGGAGCAGUUAUUUGAGCUGCCCCUGGUCUAUGAAUCCCAUUUAUUUUUCCCAUAGACAGAGUUACGUGACUUGCUAUUCUAUGGCUUCGAUUGGCAUAAAAUUUUCUACAUUAUAUCAUCACUGCAAAAAAAUUCGAGAAGCUUGUGGACAUAAAAACAAGAUGUACUCCCAUGGUACGAUUUGGCAAGAAAAAUAUAAUCACUGAGCUUAUAUUCCAACACAUAAGCUAAUAACAGCAGGUAAGAAUUAAAGAGGACGGUAUUGAUAAAACUGAAAACAUAAUCUACAUCUUAAAUCUGUUCACAUUUAGAAUCUUGUUUAAUUGUGGGUGGAUUCUGCAACUAUGCUGCCAUGUUUUGUUCUCAUCUGUAAAGACAAAACCACCACCAACUCUCACUGGCCACUUCUCCACGGCAAUGGCAGCCGAGGCCCCUGCCAUGUCUGCCAUGCUAAAUGAUGGGCAACACAUGAUUUCUCCAAAAUGAGUUGAAAUAAUUAAAACUGGUUGCCAAAACAAAAACCUAUAUGAUUACUCCUGAUUGGUUGCCAUGGCUAAAAAGAUCUGAAAAGGGAGGCUGUGGAUUUAACUCCUGUUUUCAGUAUAGCGAGUAUAGUGAGCGUGUUCGUCCAAUCUGGACGUUUAAUUCCUUUAGAUAAAUUGUCCUGUUUCAUAAUAUGGGGCCUUUAAUCUGACUAAUCACUAAGGUGACCAGUAUUCUUACCUCAGCAACAUCUGUAACACCUCUCUUUUUCUUAUCUCCACAUCCACCGACUGAUAACACGCUGCCCAGUCGGUUGGGUCUGCAAAUGACCACAUAUCACAGUGUUAUGACACACGUGUGUGUCUGUGUGUGUGCUUGAGUACUUCUAUUUUUUGUGAGGACCAGUUUUGAGUGUUAUGGGGACAUUUUGGCCACUCCUCACAUGUUUAAAGGACUGUUUGAGGGUUAAGACUUGGUUUCAGGGUUCAGGUUCAGGUUAGGGUUAGGAUAAGGGGCUAGGUAUUAUGUCAAUGAGGGUCCUCACAAAGAUAGAAGUACAAGUGUGUGUGUGUGUGUGUGUAUUUGUGGGAAAGAGAAUCUGUUUACUGUGUAUACUACCAACAUGCUCCCAGUUUAGGGUAUUAUUCGGGUCCUCUGUGGAAAUCACAUCAUCCCUUUAACUCUGGUGAUGAUUGAUGAUGGUACUCCUGGUACGAUAGCUUCUUGAUUGCUUUUUAUUAUGAAAUGUAGUUACACUUAUAGGUUUUUCUUGACAUUAUUAUAGAGUAAUUUACCCAUAUUUCCUUUUGUACAUUUAUGUUGUAGUAAUUAUACCUUUUUUCCAUUUGGUACAGUUGGUUUACAAAGACAGUAUUGUUAAAUACAGCGUCUUUUUUUCAUUGUGUACAGAAGUUAAGCUAAUUUUAAGCUGAGCUCAUCUUUUCUUUGGAAAAGGAAUUUGAUGGUAGACUUUUAUCUGAGUGUGUAAUGUAAUACAUUUUAAUAGCAAGUCAAAGUCCUUUUACGCUUGCUCUUCUGUGAGGCAAACAAUACUUUUUUUUUUUUACAUAUUGUCUGUCCCACUACUGGUCUGCUACUGAUCUAAUCCUGAUCUGCACUGAGCCUUUAUCCACCUAAUGCAGCUCUCAACAUUUGUGACCCUGGCCUCAUGUCCACCCCUCUUUCAGCAGCAGAACUGUUCAAGUGCAAAUGACAUGGGUGGAGCAGUUUGCUGGCUCUGUUGGCACAGUGACUUGGGAAAACACUGAAACAUUUUGUGUAAUCACUAAGUCACUUAUAGUGAUUUCAUUUUGUUUUUUGUGUUAUUAAAAGAAAGGAUUUGAUUUUAAACAGUAAAUAAGAAAUUGAAUUAAAAGUCAUAACUCGAUUCAUUACCGUUUCUCUCAACGUGCUCUGUCGAAUGAACUGUGUCUGAUUUGACCAUGAUUUUGUUACUGUGGGGUUAAAAGGUGUUGUAGUUCCUCUGUGACAGACCUUCCUCCUGGUGGACACAUUAUCAUGAUUGUCUUUGGAGGAGAAGAAUGUUGGCUGAUUUAAAGGCUCUGAUCCAUGGUGUGCAGUGUCUGAAGCCAUGUGAACAAUGUAGCAAACAGCUAUGACCAGUAAAUCACCAUUUCAGUUUUUCCCUUCUUUCAAUGUGUUUUUUCCAUCAUUGUUUCCCAUCCAUGCUGAAAGCAGUAUCUCCUCCAACUGUCUGUGGAUAAGAGCCUUCCUUGACAUGGUUUUCUUACCUAUGAGGGGAGGGUGGGAAAGAGAUGAUCAUAGGUGCUGGUAUGGGAGAGAGAGAGCAUCAAAACCUAUGAUAAGAAAAGCAAAGUGUAAAUAUUGCAAAAUAAAUGCUGGAGUAUGAAUGAUUAAUACAAGAAAAAAAAUAAAGAGUGAAUGAAACUUA